AUGAAAAAAUUGCUUGUCGUUUCAGGAAUAACAGGAUCAGGUAAAUCAUAAGUGGUUUCAAUCUUAAGUGAAUAGUUAAAAUCAAAAGUAAUACCUGUAGAUUCUCUGUAAGUACGAACUCCUAUAUGAUUGUAGAUUUAUAAGAAUUGGCCAAUCUCAAGUAAUUGGCCUAAAACAUUAAGAAACUAUGAACUCAUUGGAAAAUAUGAUGGAUUGAAAUAGAAUGUUGCAAGUUAUCAUUUUAAGAAGGAUGUCUUGAAAUUAUUGAAAUAAAAGGAUAAUUUCAUUUUAGAAGGAGGAUGUUGUUUCUUUCUGAAUUAUUUACUCAACUCAAGAAAGGAGCAAUUUGACGAAGAGUAAAUUAAAGCUGCCGAUUUGGAAGCAUAAAAAUUAUUGUAAAACUGCGGAGAUCCACAAGCUCUAUUGAAAUAAUAAUUCAAAAAUUAUAAUGACUCAAUUAGUAUCUCAGAUAGAUAUAGAAUUUAAAAGGCUUUGCGAUUCGCUUUAUUAACAAAUGGAGAAUCUAUAACAUCUCCAUUCAAUGACGAAGAUCCCAGACUAUGUGAUUAGUUUGACGUCAGAGGGUUUUUUUUGACUGAACCUUAAGAAAAUAUUUCAAAAAAGAUUUAUGCAAGGUAUCUUUAUUUUUGUAAACUCUAUCAGGUGUGAUGAAAUGAUUCGAUAAGGUGCUUUGGAAGAAUUUUAUAAAUUUUAUUAAAUGUUAGAUCAAUAAGAGUUUCGCGUAACUACACCUAUUGGGUUUGACGAAUUUGUUAAUCUAUUAAAAUGCUUUUAAAAUAUAUUUGAAGGAAGGUAUAUAUCCAAUAGAAGAGCAGAAAAAUAGAAGAGAGAAUAUGUUCUAAAGUUCAUAUAAUAAUUCUACAUAAAAUCACGAUAAUAUGCUGCUUACUAGCGUAAAUAUUUCAGGUCCAAUUUAAAUGAAUUUCUAUGGGUAGACAACCGAAAUUUAAAUAUCCCAUAACUAAUUUCAUAAUACUACAAUUGUGAUCGAUAAGAUUACCUAUAGAAAUUAGCUUCACCCUAAAAUGAACAGUUGAAAAAUGAAUAGAGCUCAAAAUCACUCGGUAAGUAGAAUGAUCCAGUCCCACCAAAAGAUGUACAAGAAAUAACAUAUAAAACAGUAUAGGGACUAAUAGAAUAAUGA